UGCGCCUAUGUGCCUAUGUGGUACUGUCGUGUGUUCAUGCUAUUAAUUGCAUAUUUGCAUAUUAAUUCUGCRUUUUGUUGUAACGUUUACGUAAGAUUGUCAAUUUAUUUUUGUUGUGUUGUAUAGCUAUAAUUUUGUGAUAGAAAUAUGGGAAGAAAAGCGAAAUUCGGUGAUGACGGGGCUGUAAAACAAAUCAAAGGACCUGGACGUAAAGCAAAAAAACAAAAACCCCCUAAAAUGCUACCAGGACUUCCAAAACUCGAGGGAGAUGAUGAGCCAAAAAAGUUAAGUCAUCGACAAAAACAGCGGGCUUCUAGAAGAACUAAGAAAAAAGAAGAGAGAAAAUUAAUCAAAAAAGAAAAGAAGAAAGGUGUUAAAAAUGAUGAUAAUGUUAAAAAAAGUAAUGAAGAGUCGGAUACUACUAAGAACAUAAGAAGUGAAAUYGUCAAACAAUUUUCUGAUAGUAAUAGCAGUUGGUUGAAAUCAAAAAACUCAAAAUCUCUUAUUCCUGAAAAAGGUAUGUACCUUAUGUUACCUGUUAUGGCAUUAGCUCCUCAAGAAAAUGAAUAUAUUUUGGAUAUGUGUUCUGCACCUGGUGGUAAAGCCUCGCAUAUUGCUGCAAUUAUGAAAAAUACAGGGGUUUUAAUUGCUAAUGAUGUAAAUAAGAAUCGUGCAAAGGCAGUUAUUGGUAAUUUUCAUAGAAUGGGUAUUGCUAAUUCUGUUAUUUCAACUUAUGAUGGUAGACAUAUACCUCAAUUAUUCAAAAACUUUGAUAGGGUAUUAUUAGAUGCUCCAUGUACUGGAACUGGAGUCAUAAGUAAAGAUUCUGGAGUUAAAAUGAGUAAAGAUGAAACUGACUUACAAAGAUGUUUUACAUUACAACGAGAGUUAUUACUAGCUGCUAUAGAUUCUUUGAACUUUAAAAGCUCAACAGGCGGUUAUUUAGUUUAUUCAACUUGUUCGGUACUUGCUGAAGAAAAUGAAUGUGUGAUAGAUUAUGCUUUAAAAAAAAGAGAUGUAAAAUUAGUUGAUACAGGAUUAAGUUUUGGUACUGAAGGUUUUACCAAUCUACGGCAACACAGGUAUUAUUUUUAA